AUGGGCGACUGGCACCUCCAAUCCAUCCAAGACGCGGCCCCCUGGGCCCAGGAGCGGCUGCUGCUCGGCCCCUUUGGCCCGGAGGCCCUGACGGCGCGCCACGGACUGGACGAGCGGCAGUGCCUCGCGCUGUACGGACUGCUGCAGCGCCACACGGCCGGCUUCCAGUCCGAGGCGGCCGCGCUGGUCGCGGGCGCGGCGCACCGGGAGCAGCUGCUGGCGGGGCUGUGGCGGACGUUUGCGCAGCUCUGGGACGACAGCGUGCAGGCUGCAUUCAGCGGGGAGGUGGCGUCCGCCAUGGCUGAGCUGCAGGGCACCCACGAGGCGCUGCUGGCGGCGCAGGACCGGCUGGAGGACGUCCUGGCUGAGAACAGGUGA